AUGGAGGGCUUCGAGCGGCACAUGGCCGAGCAGCGCGAGCGUGCCCGCGCCGGCGCGACGUUCGGCGCCGACCGCACGAAGAUCCCGGCAGUACGAGAGCCUCGUGUCGGCGGCGUGAAGUUCCUCGGCUACGAGUCGCUGGUAUCGCACACGGUCGCCGUCGGCAUGCUAUCCGGCGGUGAGGUUGUGGGCGAGGUAACCGAGGGUGACGAGGUCGAGAUCGCGCUCGUGGAGACCCCGUUCUAUCCCGAGGGCGGCGGUCAGGUCGGCGACGCGGGCGAGAUCGUCGGGCCGGAGGGCAAGAUUAUCGUUCACGACACGCAGCGAGUCAUGCCCGAUCUCAUCAUGCACUUCGGCAAGGUCGUACAGGGCAAGAUAGCGUUGGGACAGCCCAUCGACGCCUACGUCGAUCCCGUGCGCGAGAGGAUACCGCGCGGAACCAUACCGCCACGCAUCUGCUUCCACGCGCCCUGCGCGAGGCUUCGCUUCGACUUCUCCCACGUCGAGCCCGUGACGCCCGAAGAGAUGCGACAGAUACAGUUCCUCGUCAACGAGAAGAUUCGACACAACGCAACAGUGAUGAAGUCGGAGGACAGGUACUCCAACGCCAUUGAGCGUGGCGCUCUCGCGUUCUUUGGCGACAAGUACGAGGACACCGUGCGCCUCAUUGAGAUCGCGAACGGCGCGACCUUCAGCUUCGAGGUCUGCGGCGUACGCACGUAG